GAGAAGUGUGUUGUCUAUGUAGCCUCUGAGUCUGUGCGUGUGAUGUUUGUUUCUGAGCGCGCAUGAAAUAGAGAGAGAGAGAGAAAGUGGAAAAGAGAGAGAGAGAACCGUUUUUACUUUGUUGGUGCUGCGAGUCUUGUGCCAGAUGCAGACAGAUGCGCUCAUAGACAUUAUCAAUAUCGAGGAAACACUGGCUAAGUGUGACAGUAUGACUCUGUCCAGUGCCCCACCUUUACGCAGAGGAAGUACCCCUGUGCCAAUCAAACACCAGCUCAGACGAGAGGAAGCAGUCCAUGAUGAUUGUGAUUGGACAUCAGGGUUGGCUGGACCUUCUCCUCCAAUCAGUUUCAGCCCGGCGAAGGAUGAGACCAUCMCCUCAGCGGCAGAGGGGAGACCCCCCUCUGAAGGGCCCUUUCGAAUUGCCCUGCUGGGGCAAAAUGGGGUGGGCAAGUCAAGCCUUGCUWUCGCCUUGGCUGGGGAUUUGGAUAGAACUGCUUCUGUGGAUUCUGAAGGAGAGGGCUAUAUACGUACUGUUACCGUGGACAACGAGGACUGCACCAUCCUUAUCUAUGACAACUGGAGGCAGGACCUGUCUGCUCUGCAGUGUGAGGUGUGUGUCCUGGUGUUCUCUGUCACGGACAGGCGUAGUUUCCACCGCACCGCCCAACUUCGCCUCCUCCUCAGGGAGACGCAGCCACAAACUCCCAUCAUCCUCGUGGGCAACAAGAGUGACCUGGUCCGUUCGCGCGAGGUCAGCACUCAAGAGGCCUUCACCAGUGCUACUCUGUUUGACUGUCUGUAUGUGGAAAUGUCAACCUCUCUGGACCACCGCACAGUGGAGCUCCUGGAGUCUACUGUGAGGUUAGCCAGAGGCCUCAGUCCAGUGCCCCCAGGGGCCUAUGGGCACGACAUGGCUGGCGGCCUGGAGAGCAUCACCCACCGGGCCAAGCGUUUCCUCGCUAGCCUGGUCCCACGCUACCCCCGUGAGAGGGAACGAGACGGGGGCAAGUUCUUCAGACAGAAGUCCCGCUCCUGCCAUGACCUGGGAGCCCUGUGAUCAGGGAUGAGGGAAGGAUAGAAUGAGGGAUGUAUAGAAAGAGAGAGGGGUGGCUAGAGAGCGAGCAAGAGGGAAAUAGCAUGUAAGCAAUUGCAAAAUAGAGAGGGAUUCAAAGAGGUAAAUUAUGGUGAAGAGAAAAGUGAGUGAUGAGAGGAGGAUACAGUAAUGGGGAUGACACAUGAAUGAAGCAGAGAAGACCAGGAAGAGAGAAUGGCAUUAAAGAAAUGAUGGACGUAUCUGGGUUGAUUCAGGUAGAAAUGUUGUUGUAGAGAACCAUAGAGAAGAGUGAAUUAGCUUUUGAACCCCUGUAAAUACAAUCCUAAGCAUCAUACUGCAGUAGUUUGACUGAUUCUCCAUCUCCAUUCCCAUGUGAUUUCAUUGAGGGCCAAAUAAAAUAC